GGGGGCUUUUUGGUGCAAAAGAAAAAGAAAUUAAACAAGCACGUUGUCGCUUAUUUCCGUUUUGGUAAUGCAGGGCGAACACCUACAGCUUUUUAUCUAUAAAAAAAAGGGAGGUCAAUCCUGGCCCACGUUGUAUUUCAAUCAGUGCGUAAGAUGAUGAGUGAUUUAAACUUACGAAAAGGACAAAUGCUUAAAAAAAAAGCUUAAACGUACAGAAAAAAAAAAAUAUAAAGAUAUAUAAAGCCUUUCUAAAUAGUAACUGUUGAUCUUCUUCUUUCUUAAUACAUUUUUAGAUCAAAUUUUAAUUUUUUCCUUAACUUGCUUCUUUACUUAUAUAAAACGAUAACACUUUAUAACAACAUGGAAACUAUCUUAUCUAUUAAAGAUGCCUCAGGCAAAAUGUUUAAUCUUUUGAAUGACAAUGCUGCUGCUACUGCUGCUAUGAGUACUGUUCCCUCCUUUGGCAAAGUCAGCCACCAACGUAAGGCUUGUAUCAGCAAAGAGCACCCUUUGUUAAGUUCAGCUGCGAUCGUUAUAAAUAAACGAAAAUUCCAUUGUUUGGAACCUGGUUGCAACAAGAGCUUCACUACUAGUGGUCAUUUGGCUAGACAUAACCGUAUUCACACCGGUGAAAAAAACUUUCAUUGCCUUUAUCCUGGUUGUCCCAGCCGCUUUUCCCGUCAAGACAAUAUGAUGCAGCACUACCGCACCCACUUAUCUCAAAAAGUGCGCCGAAAUCUUCGUUAUCAGCAACAACAACAGCAACAACGGUCAAAGAAAGAAAGAAAGAUCACACCUGUUAAGCAGCCAACAAAGCAUGUGGAAGAAGCUUCACCACAAUUGCAUCGCCACUCGUACCUCGGACGUGAGCACCACCUGUCUUUCCAACCUCUUAUGGCAACAGGCAAUACGACCGUCUUGGAUAAUGCUACUAGUGCUGCUGCUGCUCAAACUCGUAGAACAACCACGAUGCCUAGUGCUACUCAUGCUGUUAUCAAUCGCAUAGCUGGUCUCCCUUACUAUCGCCGUCAUCAUCCUUAUUCCAACACCACCCCUUCUUCUCCUUCAUCCACUAUGAGCAAUAAUGCUCACGUAAGCCGACGUUCGCGACGUGCUCUAUCCACAUCAUCCACUUCUUCGUCUGAUUCAUCCUACUUUAGCCCUUCAGCCAUUGCUGAACGUGUUCCUUCCAUGUCGCCACCUCCACAAGCAGCAACGGCCGCUUCGUCUUCACCUUUAUCAGAGACUGCCUGUUGCUGUCCUUCAUCACCUCCUAUUGUGUUAUUAGAACCAGCUCAUCAACCAUUUACUGCUCCUAGCCUCUACUCUAUGCAUCAUCAACAAAUGGCUUUGAAGCAACAUUUCGUGCUUCCCCCUCCUAUUCCCACUUUUCAUCCAACCACUUCCACCCACGACAAAGCUUCAAGUCUUUUGCAUUUAGCUAAUAUUGUCAGCACUUUUGGCUAGAUUAUUCUCCCAUCCUACUACUACAUCUUGUUUUGCAACAAACAUUUACAACACACAAACAUUGACACUCUCGUUUUCACCCAUUAUGCCAUAUUAUUUUUCUUUCAACAUUUGUAUUUUAUACCUUUUUUAUUCUACCAACAUCCUAUAACAACUCUAUUGAUAGCAACGGGCAGCAGCCGGACAUUUGUAUAAACUCUUUUUUUAGCAGCAUCCUACUCCUUCUUUUAUCUUUUGUAUCACCUUUCUUUCUUCCAUCCACAUUAUCGAAUGAUUUAUUGUUUUUUCUCUUUUCACUACAACAAAAGUUAUGCUCCUCCCUAUCCGU